UGACACAUAUAAUUGUUUCCAACUAGCAUACAUCGAUGCUCACGAAGACAGUCAUUGGAAGUUCUGGAUCGUAUGUGCAUCGUUUGUGUGCUGUACGAGGACAAAAGUAUGCAUUUCAUGACAAUAUAGCCCUUUUCCUGUUACAUCGCAUGUGACCAUGAAAUAGCUAAUCUCCCGGGAUUCCCGUACACUCCGUCAUUAGCUCACGAGCCAGAGACAACAUAAACUGGAUGUACAAACCCGACACCUCGGAAUCAACUGGUAACAUCGUGAAAUCAAAUCGACAACUUUCAGCGAGAGGAUCAAACACUCACACUGUAUCAGCUAUGGAAGCUAAAGAGUACCCGGUGCAGGAAAUAAUUGAAUAUUUUGAAGCUCAAACAGCUGAAAGAGUUGAUUCCGAUAUUGAACGCUUUGCGAGGGGAAAUACAGAAAACGCAAAAGUCGUUAGAAAGCUGAUGAGAGAAAGAUCAAUUCACACUAACUCAUCUGAAGGAUGUCAUCGUGAAGUGAUGAAGGACGAAAUGGUUAAGGAGGAACAAAGUAAUGGAAUUCCUGAUGAAGCCAUCUUGGAUGAAGGGGACAACAUACAACACGUGACCAGAGCUCUACAGGAUGGACAAGUUGUAGGCGUCAGAGAAGGGGAUGACAUCUUGGAGGAAGACGACACCAUACAACACGUGGCCAGAGGUGUACAGGAUGGACAAGCUGUAGGCGUCAGAGAAGGUGAUGACAUCUUGGAGGAAGAGGACAACAUGCAACACGUGACCAGAGGUGUACAGGAUGGACAAGCUGUAGGCGUCAGAGAAGGAGAUGACAUCUUGGCGGAAGAGGACAGCAUGCAACACGUGACCAGAGGUGUACAGGAUGGACAAGCUGUAGGCGUCAGAGAAGGAGAUGACAUCUUGGAGGAAGAGGACAACAUGCAACACGUGACCAGAGGUGUACAGGAUGGACAAGCUGUAGGCGUCAGAGAAGGAGAUGACAUCUUGGAGGAAGAGGACAACAUGCAACACGUGACCAGAGGUGUACAGGAUGGACAAGCUGUAGGCGUCAGAGAAGGAGAUGACAUCUUGGAGGAAGAGGACAACAUGCAACACGUGACCAGAGGUGUACAGGAUGGACAAGCUGUAGGCGUCAGAGAAGGAGAUGACAUCUUGGAGGAAGAGGACAACAUGCAACACGUGACCAGAGGUGUACAGGAUGGACAAGCUGUAGGCGUCAGAGAAGGAGAUGACAUCUUGGAGGAAGAGGACAACAUGCAACACGUGACCAGAGGUGUACAGGGUGGACAAGCUGUAGGCGUCAGAGAAGGAGAUGACAUCUUGGAGGAAGAGGACAACAUGCAACACGUGACCAGAGGUGUACAGGAUGGACAAGCUGUAGGCGUCAGAGAAGGAGAUGACAUCUUGGAGGAAGAGGACAACAUGCAACACGUGACCAGAGGUGUACAGGAUGGACAAGCUGUAGGCGUCAGAGAAGGAGAUGACAUCUUGGAUGAAGAGGACAACAUGCAACACGUGACCAGAGGUGUACAGGAUGGACAAGCUGUAGGCGUCAGAGAAGGAGAUGACGUCUUGGAGGAAGAGGACAACAUGCAACACGUGACCAGAGGUGUACAGGAUGGACAAGCUGUAGGCGUCAGAGAAGGAGAUGGCAUCUUGGAGGAAAAGGACAACAUGCAACACGUGUCAGGUGUCACAGGGGGAGAUGUUGACAACUCCACCGUAGUAGGCGUGGUGAAGGACGGAAUGGGCAACAAACAGAAAAUAGUUAAUAGUGAUAUUUGUGUCACUGGCAGCAGAGGUGAGCCUGACGGGGACGAUAACGAUGCAGAUCACAAAAUGAAAGAAGUCGCUGGAGUUGCAGGUGGUGUUGUCAAGGACUCCACUGUUGUUGGAGAAGUUCAUGGUGGCAUGGACAAUGAACAGACCAUCGAAAAUUCAAAAAUCUACUCUGAAGGAAGCUUCGGUGGAAACCUUCAGUUCCUCGACCUGAACAUCAGACAGAGAGACGAUUGUGGAGGACAACAAGAUGGGAGUGUCCAGAGCUUCAUAGACUGCAUCAUUGAUCUCCGUAAACCAGAUGAUGCCACAGAUAAAGACAAACAGACUGAUGAAGCAGAGUCAGCCCAGGAUCAGGUCGGAUCUACAUCCUGUGCAAGUGGCAUCUCCGCCACAGAGCCAGAUGACGGAACAGAAACCCAAGACAUGCAAAAGAAGAUAGAGGAAGUGAAGGAUCGGUCUGAGAGGAGGAGGAAGAACGUCGCCUCAUGCAGGAGAAGCAGACAGCCAUGGAGGAACAACUGCUGAAUGAUCAACGACAUCGUCAAUGGAUGCAGACCGAGAUGCAGAGAAUUGCAUAUGAACAACAAAGACAUGGUGCAUAUGGAGUUUAUCCACCCUCAGUUGCCAGGCAACCGCAUCCACUUCCAGUCGUCAUGAAUCCAGCUCUGGCUGCUGGUGGGUUUGUUGUAGCUCCAGCAGCACCGGCGGUGGUGUAUGUCAGACCUCAGUCACCGCGCCCAGCGGGUACUGGUCUUCUGAAGAACAUAAAGCAAUUCCUCGCAGGAGAAAACAGUAAUCAGAAAGAAUCACCAAGCCACGACAGAUCUACUCACAGACAGUACUUCGAAUGAGUGGACAUUUGAUGAUGAUUAGUGUUCCAUUUGUCCAGAAUGUGAAUUAAAAAAAAAUAAGGUUUGGCAAUAUUAUAAGAUGUUAGCAUCAUCACAACAUGAUCAGUUGAAAGUUGGAAAUAAAGCCAUUCAGCCUUCUCCAUUUGUCUAUAAUCGUGGCGUCCUACUCCAAUCUGACCUCCCCGUGAAGAAACAGAUUUCGGAUGUAUACAGAAACUAUUACUUCCAUCUCCAUAAUAUUGGGCAGAUCAGAUCAGAUCUCCUGACACAGGAUGCUGCGGUUGCCCUGGUGAGAACACUGAUUCUCUCACGACUUGAUUAUUGCAACAGCUUGUUGGUUGCAGCUUCAGAAGAUUGCUCCAUCUAAAAGCUUCAACGAAUCCAGAACACAGCUGCCCGCAGAGUUACUCUCAAACCUAAACAUUGCCGCAUCACUCCCAUUCUGAUGUCUCUUCAUUGGUUGGCUAUUGGACUGCAAUAAUGCCUUAUUGAUUGUUAGCGCUAUGAGUAUACCUGGUGUGGGAGUUUGGCGCUAUAAUAAAUGGAUACAUUGCUAUA